AUGAAAGUCACCGAGAUCCGGAAACGGCAGUUUGAGGGUAACAACUACACAGUACACGAUCUCGUGAUCACAGGCACGUGCUCUCCCGAAACCGACACGCUGGAGGGUCUUGAUUCCGAGGCCGUGGAGUACUCGGUAGAUGCUCGGUUACUGGUUCCGAAAUCACACUUUUCAGGUACACUUUUUGCCGAGGUGCCCAAUCGAGGCACAGGAUCGAUUGAUGAAGACGCUGCCAACACGACGGUGGCUGGUAUGAACAAGGCCAAGCGGGGCCGGGGCGGAUUUGUGGAUUUGGCGCCUCUUAUGAAGGCUGGUCAUGCCGUUCUCAACCUCGGAUGGCAGAAUGAUGUACCUUUGGCUGCUGGAAAGGGCUUCAAGCUGGGAAGUCGGUUUCCCGUGGCAACCAAGGAUGGCAAACCUAUCCAGCGGUAUGUUCGUCAGGAGGUGAAUGCUGCUUCUCGGUUUUUUGGAGCGUCUCGAACGUUUCCUGUGAAUGGUCUGAUUGAUCUAGACUACAAUUUGGCAGAUAACGACUCUGUGAGGGUGUUUAUGCGUCGGUUUGAAGAGGAUAAGGGCGUCGAACUGCCUGCAGCAGCAGUGAUUGUUUUGGGAAAGCGUCAGGUCAGGAUCGUGUCUUCUACCCCUGUUCCUGAAUCAGCCAUUUUCGACAUCCACUACCUCGCCACAGACGCCACAGUGUCUGGAUUGGGCCUGGUGGCUUACAGAGAUGUGCUUUCGUAUGUCAAGUCCGGCAAGUUUGACGUGAUCUCGCCUCGACACGUUGUUGCUUUCGGAGUCUCCCAAAGUGCUCGUUUUCUGCGGACCUUUCUCUACCACGGCUUCAACGCCGACCUGGGAGGCCUGAGAGUGCUCGAUGGAGUUGUCAACUACAUUGCUGGAGCUCGAAGGGGCGACUUUACUGGGAUUUUUAACAACGCUGGCGCUGUAUCCACUCAACAGUUCAAUAAGCGAAUCGGAGACAAUAACUUUCCUUUUGCUUACGCCACAAGCACAGACGCUAUUACGGGCAAGACGGACGGUAUUCUACACAAGUACCCACCUCUACUGCAGCCCAAAAUCAUCCAUGUUGAUACUGAUAACGAUAUGAGUGCUGGAUUCGGAUGGUUAUGUACCACCCAAACCGACGGUAAGACCCCUGUUGACGAGCUGGAUAACGUACGACAUUACUUCCUGGCCGGAUUGCAACACAUUCCGUUUUUCAAACCCAUCAUUCCAGGAAAACGGUCCUCUAAGGGCUCCUCUGGUGUCACUCUUCACUACAACACCUUUCUCAAGGCGUCUCUCUUGACAAUGGCUGACUGGGUGGAUGCUAUCAAACUACCUCCCAUGUCCCGGUAUCCCACCUUGGCUGACGAUUCUCUUGUUUCCCUGGCGGUUGCUCAACGUCUCUGGCCUCAUAUUGAAGGGGUUCCCUACUCUUCCGUUCGAAACGUGCCUUGUCAUAUCAUCGAAACCGUCUCCAAGGACGUGGUUGUUCCUGCUGUGGUUGAAACAUACCCCGUACUUACCCCUCCCGUCAACUCUGAUGGAAACGAGACCUGUGGGGUUGUUCAUCCUGCUAUUCAGGUUCCUCUGGGAACAUAUUCAGGCCACUCUGUGGCUCGAAAUGGUAUCCAGACCUUCCUUGAGGGAGAAUUCAUACCCUUCAAGACCACUCGAGCCGAACGGUAUGAUGGAUCUCGACUCAUUGACUCUCGUCUAAGUGUAGAGGAACGUUACUCUGCCAGCUCUUAUGCCACCCAGAUUACUGCCGCUGCCAAGAAGCUCGUCAAGGAGGGUUUCCUGUUGGAGGAAGACAUUCCCACUGUCACCAAGUUCGACAAGCGAGCCUUUGGUCCGGUUUCCAAGCUGUAG